GCAUUCCUACCCAAACCAACACAACAUAACAUUUCAACAUUUACUUAGUUGAAUAGUUGAUUGUGCCUUGUGUUGUUGUGGUGGUUGUUAUUAUUGCGCGCUUCUUCUCCUGCUCAUGCGGCAAAGAGGAAGGGCUUCUAACCGUAGAUCAAGGACUUUCUCCAGAUCUCGCCUUGCUAUUGAGGGCUCUUAAAUCUCCAACUCUUUUCUUCCACAUCAUCUCAUUCUUCCACAUCUUUCUUUUUUUCUAUCACUUUCUUACAUUUUAGAUCCUACAAUGGCUGCUUCAGAUAUGGGAGUGAUGCAAGAGCGAGAAGUGUUCAAGAAAUACUGGAUUGAACACUCUGUUGACUUAACUGUUGAGGCUAUGAUGCUCGAUUCCAAAGCGUCCGAUCUUGACAAAGAAGAACGACCUGAGGUGCUUUCUAUGCUUCCACCAUAUGAAGGAAAGUCUGUCUUAGAACUCGGUGCAGGUAUCGGUCGUUUUACUGGUGAUUUGGCCAAGAAAGCUGGCCAGGUGAUUGCUCUGGAUUUCAUUGAGAGUGCUAUAAAGAAGAAUGAAUGCGUAAAUGGGCAUUACAAAAAUGUGAAGUUCAUGUGUGCUGAUGUGACAUCUCCCAGUCUCAACAUUUCUCCAAAUUCUGUGGAUAUCAUAUUCUCCAACUGGUUGCUCAUGUAUCUCUCUGAUGAAGAGGUUCAGCGUCUGGUUGAAAGGAUGUUGAAAUGGUUGAAGCCUGGGGGAUACAUUUUCUUCAGAGAGUCUUGUUUCCAUCAAUCUGGUGAUCACAAGCGGAAAAGCAACCCAACACACUACCGUGAACCUAGGUUCUACAACAAGGUCUUUAAAGAAUGCCAUAUGCUAGAUGAAUCUGGAAACCCUUAUGAGCUCUCCCUAAUUGGCUGCAAGUGUAUUGGAGCUUAUGUGAAAAACAAGAAGAAUCAGAACCAGAUUGGAUGGUUAUGGCAGAAAGUUGAUUCAGAGGAUGAUAAGGGGUUUCAGCGAUUUUUGGAUUCUAGCCAGUAUAAGUGUAACAGCAUUCUGCGAUAUGAGCGUGUAUUCGGCCCAGGUUAUGUUAGCACUGGAGGAUUUGAAACAACCAAAGAGUUUGUGUCAAAGCUUGACUUGAAGCCUGGCCAGAAGGUCCUGGAUGUGGGUUGUGGCAUAGGGGGAGGCGACUUUUACAUGGCAGAGAAUUUUGAUGUAGAGGUUGUUGGAAUUGAUCUCUCCAUUAAUAUGAUUUCUUUUGCCCUGGAGCGUUCUAUUGGGCUCAAAUGUGCUGUUGAGUUUGAGGUGGCAGAUUGCACCAAGAAACCUUACCCUGAACAGAGUUUUGACGUCAUCUACAGCCGUGAUACCAUUUUGCAUAUUCAGGACAAACCAGCAUUAUUUAGAAAUUUCUACAAAUGGUUGAAACCUGGAGGCAAAGUUCUAAUUAGUGACUACUGCAAGAGUUCUGGCCCACCUUCAGCUGAAUUUGCAAUGUACAUCAAGCAACGAGGAUAUGAUCUCCACGAUGUAGAGGCGUAUGGGCAGAUGCUUAAAGAUGCUGGAUUUGUUGAUGUUAUUGCCCAGGAUAAGACUGAUCAGUUUAUUCAAGUUCUGCAGAAGGAACUAGACUCUCUUGAGAAAGAGAAGGACAAAUUCAUUGCUGAUUUCUCUGAGGGAGAUUAUAAUGACAUAGUUGAUGGUUGGAAAGCUAAGCUGAUUAGAACUAAAGUGGGUGAGCAAAGAUGGGGUUUGUUCAUUGCCAACAAGAAGUGAAGAUAAGAAUCAGCAGCUAGCACGUUGUCUUCUACUAGUAUUAGUUUUCAAUGCAUUUUUCAGCUUAUGGAGUGUGUAUGCUACAUGUACUAAUAAGUUGCGGCUCGCAAACUGAAAGAUAAUUUGUUAUAAUUAUCUCAAUAUAUAUCAUGGUUCUUGAUAUUA